AUGAAGACCAUUGGCAUUGUCGGGGGCAUCGCAUGGCCCAGCACCAUGGUGUACUACCGUGUCCUCAAUGAGUACUUUACGGAGAAAACCAACAGCAAUGGCCUUCACACGCCAAACAUUGUGAUUACUCAGACGGAUUUCGCCCUGUUAGAGCAAGCCCAAAACGACGGCCGCUGGGAUGACGUCGGGCGGCUGCUCGCAGCCGAAGGCGAGAAGCUGAGAGCCGCAGGGGCCGACUUCUUUCUCUUGGCAUGUAACACAGUUCAUACCGCCGACGCAGACAUUGCCAACAACGUCGGGAUCCCAAUGCUGCACAUCGUGGAUGCUGCCGCCAGGAAGGUGAUCGAUCAAGGACACAAUGUUGUCGGGGUUCUGGGCAGCCGGUAUACGAUGACAGGAACGUACUUUGUUGGUCGCCUGGAGCAGAAAUACGGUCUCAAGGUCUUGGUGGCUGAGGGGGAGCACCAAAGCAACGUCCACAAUGCACUCUACCAGGAGCUCGCGAGAAACGUUUUCCGCCCGGAGACGAGGGACAAGUUCAGGUCUGCCAUCGACGACUUGAUCAUGCGAGGGGCCGAGGUCAUCAUUCUCGGUUGCACCGAGUUCGGUAUACUCGUGCAAGCCUCGGACAGUCGGGUGCCCAUCAUCGACACCAGCAUCACGCACGCGCAGGCGGCUGUCGAUUUUGCUUUGACGGAAGGCGACCUGCGAAGCGAAGGCAAUUUUCUUGUGUUUUAA